CGAAAAUAGAAUCCGGAAAAUUAAUACACGAAAUUGACUCUAAUUUUAGAAUUUGGGAAUUUCCCAAAGAAAAAUCAAGAAAAACAGAACAAUUUCACAAGAAGAAAUGAUUAUUAGUUCAUAAACCAUGACAUCAUGUCAAACAGCAGGAAAAAGAAGAAUGAUACUGAGGCUGUUGUAGCAGAGGCCAUGAGAGAAGUUAAUAUGGCAAUGAGAGAAGUUGCCCAAGCUACUGCACCAUUAAGAAAAAUGUCUAAUAAAAAUUUACAUGAUAUUGAAUCAGAUUCAUUACCAUAUCAUGAACCAGUUUCAUCUGAACCAAAGAUAGAAACAAAAGGAGGAGCCAUACAAAUUAAGAAGCCAGGAUUAUUUGGAAAUUCUAGUACCACUAUUAACAUACAAAGUGCUCAGAACAUUCAAAUUGGUAAUAAUAAUACAAUGAUAAUUAACAGUAGCAGUACUAGACGGAGAACUCGUGAUAUAUCUCCACCACCAAAGCCAGCUAAAGUAAACAAAGAAAUAGUCAAACAAGUUCUAGAAUCCAAACGUUUAUUAGAGGACAUGGAGUUGAAUAUGGUUGCAACCAAAUUUAUGGGAAAGCAGUGGAGAAGAACUUUACGAUUGGUAGGCUUAGAAGAUAUAGAAAUAGAGAGUAAAUACCAGGAUUAUUAUUCUCAAGGUAUCAAAGAAAUAUCUUACCAGUGUCUCAAAUACUGGAAACAGAAAAAUCCUGACACUGCAACAGUUGGUCACAUAGCAACAGCUCUGAGUGAAGUAUUCCAUCCUGAUGAAGUCUGUGACAAAUUUAAACCAUGAUCAUGUUUAUGAUCAAACGUAACUGUGAUUUUAUCAAUAUUUAUAAUUUCUAAUUUUUUCCUUUCUAUUUCUAAAAUGUAAAGGCAAUUGAAAAAAAUGGCUUCCUAUACCCUUAAAAAUCUUAAAUUUUGGUGCUGUUCCUGCUUAUUUUGUUAAAAUUUAGCUAGGCAGUAGUUUGGAUUCAUUAUUAUUUGUGGGAUGUCAAUUUUCAUUGAUUUUGUUGGUAAAGGCAAACCACAUUUUAAUGUUCAACGAAUAACACUUUUUCUAUAGGCUUGAAUGCAGACUUUGGCAAAACCAUGAAAUCGUAUAUCCACAAAAGUACAAUUUUUCCUCAAUCCAUGAAAAGUUGGUACUAACAAAAAUAAAUGAAUCAAUAGUAUUUGAGAUCAGUAGAUCCCUGCUUAUUUUUUUUCUGUAUGAAAAUUUUUCAAAACUUAUGUGAUGUACUUUUUGCCUUAAAUAUGUUAAAUAUUCUGUUUUUGUUUUUAAGUUUGUUGCUUUAUCAUAUUUGUCUUAUGUUAGCGCUCUUCACAAUAUGUCUAUGUCAAAUGCUCACCUUCUUGAAUUGUAUUGCAUCUUAUGCAAUAUAAAUAAUAAAUAGUGUUUAUUAAUGCAUCUUAUGUGAUACUAAUUGAGGAAAAAUUGAAGUUGUAUAUGGCAUUGAAUUGAAACAUAGUCCAUUGUAUGGUUAGCUAUAUAGUCCUUUUUCCAAACAGUUUGCUGACAUGUAUUGGAACAUGCAAAAAGAUGAAUAAUAUUGAUGAAGUAAACUUUGAAUCAUGAGUUCAUGUGCCUAUUCAGUUUCAAAGUCAAAAUUUCAGUAAAAUGGAAUUUUAUAAAGCAGUAAAUUUAAAAAAGAACCCUUUUCUUUACAAAUCCUGUUCAUGUACAAAGAUUUAUGAUGUGAAAGUAAUGUUCUAAUGUGUAUUUUAUUGGUUAAAAUCAUCUUUUAUUUAUUAUAUGCAUUUUAGGGUGAGAAACAAAUGUACAUUCCUUUCCCUUGGUUGCUAUCUUGCAAAUAAAACAGUGUUGUAUUUAAAAAAAGAUACUCGUAUGCUAUCAAUUUUUUUUCUUCUAAAGGUUGAAAAAAAACGGUUUGUCUUUGAGAAAAAUAGUUCUUUAAAAAGGGUUAUUAUUAGAAUAAUUAAUGUGGCCAGUUAAGGCAGUGUCAUUGUGCCUAGAAAUUUUGUAUAUUGGUGACAGGGGCUAAUAUAAAAUGAACAAAACUUUUCGAUUACGAUUAUGGUUAUCAUGAAUUUAAAAAGAUAAUGUAUUGUUACCAUGGUUACCUUUUGUAACAUUUUUAUUGGAAAAUUGUAUACAAUCAUAUUUAUUAUUGUGUUUACAAUAAUUUCUCAUAUUAAACAUGAACCAUU